UGAAGCUGUAUAUCCACAGGGGUUUUUUUUCUCCCCUCUGACUUGACAGGUUGCUAGAGUCUGGAAAGCUCCUCUGAAGAUUUUAAGUGCCAAGGUGAUAGCAAUGAAUGGUGUGAAGGCGAAAACCCUGGCGCAUUUGUACAAGCAGCUGAAAACUCUGUGGAGGCCGGUGGCAGCGCCAGCGCGACUCUGCAGCCUGGCCGCCUGCACGCGGAAAAACAGGAAUGAUGCACUGCAUCCACUUUGGCAGAGCCCGCUUACCAUUCCUGGAGGCACCCGACAGUCUCCUAUCAAUAUCCAGUGGAGAGACAGCGUGUAUGACCCCUUCCUGAAGCCUUUGAAAAUCAGCUACGACCCAACAACGUGUCUUCACAUCUGGAACAAUGGAUAUUCAUUCCUGGUUGAGUUUGAUGAUUCUACUGAUAAAUCAAUAAUCAUUGGAGGUCCCUUGGAAAACCAGUACAGGCUCAAGCAGUUCCAUUUCCACUGGGGAGCUAUAAACGAGUGGGGUUCAGAGCACACAGUUGACAGCAAAUUUUACCCAGCUGAGUUGCAUUUGGUACACUGGAAUGCCAUUGCAUACCCAACUUUUGAAGAAGCUGUAAUGGAAGGCAACGGCUUGGCUGUUAUUGGAGUGUUUUUAAAGCUGGGAGCGCAUCAUGAAGGGCUGCAGACACUGGUUGAUGCCUUGCCAGCAAUUAAACACAAGGACACUGUGAUCGAGUUCGAUGUCUUUGAUCCCACCUGUUUGAUUCCUUCAUGCCCUGAUUAUUGGACCUACGCGGGCUCCUUGACUACUCCCCCACUUACCGAAUCGGUCACAUGGAUUAUCAAGAAGAAGCCAAUAGAGGUUGAUGAGAAUCAGCUGGAGGCGUUUCGGAUGCUGCUCUUCACGUCAGAUGGUGAAGAAGAGAAGAGGAUGGUUGACAACUUCCGCCCUCUUCAGCCCUUGAUGAACCGAACCGUCCGUUCAUCCUUCCAGCGCAGACAUCUCUUGGACGCUGAAGUUCAGCCCAAGGACCGUGCUGAGCAGGUCAGGCCAUAACUGGCCCAUGAAAUGUCAGUCCAGGCUGCAAUACCUGGAGGUCACUGACAUUUUUUACGUAUUUUUCCUUUUUCCGCAAUGUGUGUGCGCUGUACGGUUUCACAGCCAGCCGGUUUCUGUUCUGCUAGGUGCCGUUUGGCUUUCAGUAGAGAAGCUGUGGUGGGUUUUUAGUUUUGCCUUUUUUCAGAAAUAAUAUUAACCCUUUCCGAAUUGGCUUGCUUUAAAGCAGGGAUUCAUAAGGAAUUACUUUGACAGUUACAGGAAAAACAAGGGCAGGAGAUCUUUUCUCCUGCCUCUUUUCUGAAUUGUUCGGUGUCUCCUCAAAUGUUCUUCCAGUGACUUGUGUGAAUUAAUAAUCCCAACUAAAAACAUGUUAGCAAGCAGGAUGUCUGAAGAAGUGAAAAGUAUUAAUACUGACCAGGUCCUUUUGUGGAAUUGUUUCAGAGGUUUGAGAACUAGUUUCUCUGCUCACAUACACAGAGACAUUUUAUCUUCUUCCUUUUUCCUUGGUGCUUAGGAUGAUGAGAAGGAAAAAAAUUCCUUACAGAAUCGAACCUCUUUCCAUUCUCUUGCCUGCAUGACCCAUGUUUGUUAUGGAUGUCACAGCAUGUCCACUCUGUCAAAACCACAAGCCAGAAGACUUUUUCUAAAACCUUAUAACAAAUGCAGAAGCUGUUAGCUUUGGCAGCUUUUCCUUUUCUGUAUUAAUAAUGUGCCAGGAGAAGAGAGAUGAAGAGAAUGCACCAGUAUCUCAAGACUGGCAAGAGCAGUACAUUAGGCAAAAAUGUCCAGUCGAUUCCAGGAAGUCGAUCACAUCAAAGGAAAGCAAAGUCAGAUAAACCCCAGCUGACCCUCCCAAUGGUAUUUGUGGGGAGAAAAAAAAAAUUCUGAAACCUAAUCCAGUGCUAGGAGAGUAUGGACAAAAUGCAGCAUUCGGAUACUUGAAAUAUUUUUUUCAUAAAUCACCAGUGCACUCUCUCAGGAGUUUUGUCUUUUGUACUUUCCUUAUAAAGAGAGUCGUCUUGCUUCAGGACAACUGGGGACCACAUUGUGUUAUAGCACCUUAUGAUAAGGAAAUGAAGUGGUGGUUGAAAUUGAUUUGUGGACCAGACAAAGUUGUUGUGUAAGCUGCCAACUGUGGAGCCUUACCUGAGUGGGAGGGUCCCAUUGCCACAAGCAUUAUCUACCUCUGAAGGAUGCUAUUAUACUGCUACCCUGUUUCCCUGAAAAUAAGACAGGGUCAGUAUUAAUUUUUGCUGUAAAAGAUAUUUACAUUUUCACAUGUAUAGCUGCCUGGAUACUAUUCAAAUUGACUUUUUUUAUGAACAGUAACUAGGGCAUAUUUUUGGAGUAGGGCUUACGUUCCGAGCAUCCUCAAAAAUCCUGUAAAAUCACACUAGGGUUUAUUUUCAGGGUAGGUCUUAUUUUCAAGGAAACAGGGUACUAGACGUAAUUUUCUCUCAAGCACCUUUCUCAUUGGCAUUUUGCACUUUAAUGCAUUUAAGCGUGCCCAUGCAUGAAAUUAAUGUACCAAAUGUCUGGUCAGAUUUUCUGGGGAGGAGCACGUCUGUCUGUAAGCUCACAGUGUGAUUUUGAUUGAUUGUAUAUGAGGAAUCUUGGAGAACAGAUGUUCCUUGCUCUGCAUCUGCCGGUGAGCAAGGUCACUGGUUGCUGCUGUGGUUCAGCACAAGUGAUGCCAGCACGCUAGCUCAGAACUUUAGAAUCAAUACUUUUUAUUUUUUAAGCCCAAGUGUUCAGUUUAAAAGCACUUUAAGACUUUUUUGCGUGACUCUGAUGAUUUUAAGGCUUUUCAAUGUUCAUUUAAACAAUGAAGUGCCCAGGUCCUGCCUUUGCUUCCCUAAUCACUCUACCUCGGGCUGUUAUGUUGCAGCAGUUGUGCCUUUCUACCUUGGCAGUUUGAAAUGUGUGCCCUUAACCUUAGAGUGGCUCUAUGCGGUAAAUGUAAGAAAAUCUCUUUUCUGUCCCCAUGUAGCCUACAUAUUUUUACUGUCUGGUGUAUUCCACGUGGCAGGAUGUAUCUUCAGAUUCAUUACCUCUCCCAAGCCUGUACUGCUCAGCAGAACCUUACCAUCUUGGGUGGACUCUGUAGAACUAUACAAUCUAUAUGAACUCGGUUGAACUAUACCGUAUUUGGCAUCAUCAGAUAGACCUUUCACUGUGCUCCUAAUCUGCAGAGUCACAUCAGUGAUGGUUUUGCCAGAGAACAACAGGUUCCAAAAUAAUUUUGGAAGGGAGGUCUGCAGUUCUGGCACCAGGAAAAGAAUUCUUCUACGUUCUGCCUGAGUGUACUUGACCUAGUUGGGGUUAAGCUGGAGGUUUUCAAUCAGCGUGUUCUUGCAAACACUGUUCUGAGGAGGACACUGUAGAAAGAUGGCAGUGAUGCAGAAUGGGCACGGAUCUUGUCUGAGAUUUUUGCUACUCAUUAGUAGUAAAAAUCAUUAGUAGGAAAAAAUGUAAUAUUAACUCAUCUUAAUGUUGCCUUUACAUUUAAAAAUAUAGAUGACUAAGCUACCUAUAGGUAGCCUGCAUCAAAAUAUUAACCUACUGCCUUAUAAAUACUGAAUACAGUAGAGGACUGAAAUAGGCUCUGUCAGGUCAGUGAAAAGCCACCCGUUGGUUUUAUUCAUGAAGACUUAGAAGUAUAAAGGCAACAGCUUGUUUAAUUUGGAUCAGUUUGAAUUACCAGCUAAAAACAUACAUGAAAAUUAAGUGUGCUUGACGUUGCAUGUUAAGACAGCAUUUUUGAAUUAGUGUGUAAUCUCUUAUAUAAAAGGCAGUGUUUUCUUGGGGCUACCAGUUUAAGUUCUUAAAAACAAGCCAACUAUCGGGCCUGUCCUACCUGAAUGGGUCUUUGAAAAGGCUUCAUGCAAUUGCUCCAAGUUUUUUAGUUGCCUUGAUAGUUUCUACUGAGUUUUUGUGGACCUCUGAUCCCCUGAGCUUGUUUCACUAGUUAAUGUAGCUUUCCUAGCGUAUGCAAAUACAAAAUACGUGUUUUGUUCUUAGGGUACUACUGUGGUGUAAAUGUUUUCUCUCCAGAUGUCUCAUAAUGCUGUAGUUGUGCUCAUACCCAAUCGAGUUCUCCAUGGUCAGGUUUGCUCCACUGAAUCAAUUUUUCUCCUAGUUGCAUGAAUCUCUUUCUAAGAUGCUCAUCAUCAACAAAGGUAAUGGUGAAUAUUCUAUUUUCAGUGCUGUAUUUAAAAUUCUCAUAGAGGUUUACUUAUUUUGUUAAAAGUAUAGUCAUGGGGGCUUUGGAGAAUAAAUGUAUUAUCCAUUCAUAUGGUUAAUAAGCUAUACUCCAUAUAUAUUUAGAUAAAGUCACAUCUGAAGAUACUUACAUGAAACUAAUAAAUUGUAGUUUUUAGCACUGAUAGUUUCAAAUAUCUGAAAACAGGGUCAACAUAGAAAAUAUUAACUUGACUGUUUUACAAAAAUAAGCCUUACAGGGAUUAUCUGUUACAGGAUUUUUGCUGCUUUUUUGAGUCUUACAUUUAUGUCACAGUGUGUUAGCACCUCCCUCUGGGUAAGGCAGACAGUGUCUCAGUUGCAGGGUGGAUUGUUGUUUAAAUUAGCAGGCUGGAAAUGAACAGAAGGGGGUUUUUUGUUUGUUUUACCUUUUAUGUUACAAUAACUCUGCUGGCCUUGCAAAAGCUAACUUAAAGAAAAAUAAUUCUGUUUACCUGCACAUGUAUGUAAAACAGGAAACGGGAUAUAAUUCUUCUGCCUUAUUCUCUCAGUUGCUUGGGGGUGUGGGGGGAAUGAUUUGGUUGUUGGGCUUGAGCUAAUAUUUCUAAUGAUGUUGCACAACUAAGUGAAAGUCUCUUUGAAAGGUCUCUGCAUAGGAAUCGUUAGGCUCUUCUUUUAGGUGGCACAAUACAAAAGGAUCAGAGCACACAUUGGUAUUUGUCCUUGCACGGUAGUCACUUCCAUCAAUUAAUACUGUGCUGGAAGGUGUUCCUGGGGCAACAACUACUAGGAAUUAAAGACUGUAAUUGAAAUAAUGUUCAAAUAUUGAAAUAAUAUUCCAUAUUCCGACAUUCCAGAACUUUCAUACCCGGGCACCUCAGGUGUUCGCCAGCACGUGUUCCUGGCCGGGCUUUUGUUCUCUCCUGUCGCCAUGGCUUGAAUUGAUAUUUUAAAAAGUCUGACAGGAGUGUAUCUUUUGGCUAUGAAAGCCAUAGAAAUGGAGAAUGUUUCGAUCUCAGAAAAACCUGCCGGGUUUUAGAAUACUGGAAUUCUACCUGGUUUACUUUUGAGGACGGUCCUGUUCUCUGCUCAAAUUCGUAGGCAAUAGUGCGGGCAUUAACAUUUGAAUGCCUUGAUUUUGAAUGUCUUAACUUGUAUUCCUUGGCACAUCUUUGCUUUUUUCUUUGUGCAACUUGUUUACGUGGCAGUUGUUGCAUUGUGUAUUUUAAUAUACGUUAUCUGCCUAAUCAUAAUUUACUGAAAUAAUUGUCUUUGCAGACAAAAUGUGUAACAGGGAAUGUCUUUUGUUCUCCUGGGAUACAGGCCUUUGUCCUCAGUUUUUACCUGAUGUAAAGAAACUUGUAGCUGCUGUAUUUAAAACUGUUAAAAUAGUGUGAGACCAUUGAAUAAAGAAACACAGAGAAA